ACUGACCUCAAAAAAGUCAUCUCAUCUGGCAAAGUUAUGCAACUGUGUCUAGAAGAAAUGCCUUACUAACUGGCUUCUCCUACCAAGUGCUAUAAAAAGCGCAGAAUCUUUUGUGCGCGCUUAGUAUUAGCAUAAAUCAUGUUCGCAUUGGUAAGAAGUCGGGAGCUCAUGAAUAGCCAAAAUUAAGUGAGUCUACUUUUUUUUUUCUUUUUUGUUACUUCCAGAUAUUGAUGUUGACUUGCUGGCAACUGUGGAGUUGGCCCGCUGAGAGUGCUGCCAUUAGUGAACCGGUGCCAAUCCUCAAAUCGGUGGCCGAACAACUCAGUUCUGGCUCCUAUUUGUUUUCGUUCGAGGCUGCCGAUGGCACUUAUCGCGAGGAGCUUGGCCUAGUAAAGUCCAAUCCAAUGGCAGCCGAUCAAGAUGACGACCUGGAGGUGUCCGGCAUCUAUGGCUAUAUCGAUGACAGGGGCCUGAAGCUUGAAGUCAGCUAUACGGCGGACAGGAAUGGCUUUUUGCCCCAUGUUAGGUACGUUGCAAAGGGGGAGCCGUCUAUAAAUAAACCGAAGUAGAGCCAUUAUCUUUGAUGGCCACAUAUUCUUGCAAAUGUUAGCCACACAAUUACCAAAGCCAAGCGCCGAUCCAGGCGAGAAUUCCCAUCUGUGCGGCAAAAGGAGCGGCACACUUUUAAAAAUGAUAUUAAGAACUGGUUUCAAAUCGAUUUUUUGUAGAUGUUUUACAAAGUAUCUUUAAAGUAUUGUUAAUACCUUAGCUUUAAUAUUUGCAGAGGUUUCAUGACAUACUGUU